AUGUUCAUUAUCAAUGUGACACCCUACAUUCAACAGGAAACUCUGCCCGACAAUACAGUGACCUGGUGUCUUUUGGGAGCCCAAGCCUUGCCUGUUUUGGUUCUGGCUUCGUGGGUCAUGGGUUUGCUCAUCAAUAGAACGGCACACGCUUGGUUCAGCGUCGAACAAAAGGGAAAAUCCAAACGAGACCAAAAGGAUUCUUCACCGGGCAUCAGUUUCGCCAGCUUUCAAGCCAACGAAGCUCAUGCCUUUUUGUAUCCCAUGAUUGGAUAUGUUUUGAUUUCAUUAAUCUUUUUGGGAGCCAUGGUAGCCUUUACGAAAUUUUGGGACGAUGGAUUGUCAGUGUCCUUUGCGCCAGAAGCCAUAGUGAUGGUGUUGGGGAAUUUGCUGGCUUGGAUUCUCGUGCUCUAUCUGUACACGGGCAUUAUUCUCAGUGCCCCCAUCAUAGUCCUCCAUCGAAAGGGGGUCAUUCAAGCAAUGCGAAUGAGUUACAAUCUAGCCAAGGACGACCAAACAAGGUGGGAACUAUUAGCCUUGCUUAUCUUUUUCCUGAUGUUGGGAGCUCUGCUCGACUUGGGACUGGAGAUGACAGUGCUACGAGGAAUUUUUGGCAACUAUGACAACACGAAGAUUGCAUAUUGUGUUCACUUCAAUGUUCUUCUGAUCCUAUUGUUGCCGUUGUAUUCAAGUGUCUUGACUGCGCAAUACUACAGUGUCAAGCUAUCAGAAAGAAUACGAAAGCAAAAGAGAGGAGGGGAUGAUAUCGGGCUAAUGGGAUUUGAAGUAGACUAA